AUGCCAGAGAAAGCCUGGAUGGAAGAGAUAGUCCCGGGACUGUUCCUCGGAAACAUCGCAUCAUCGUACAACAAGGAGUUGCUGCAGAAUAACAAAAUCACCGCCAUCGUUUCUCUUACCAGCAGAUAUCUGCUGUUCUGGGAUACUGCCACUAAAGACGCUGGUAUUACACCUGAAAGACACAUGUGGGCUCAAGUCCAGGACGCCAAGUGGGAGGAUCUCCUUUCUCUCAUGAAAGAUAUUUGUGACUUUAUCGACUCGGUAGCUCCACCGCAACUUUCGUCUCUAACUGCCUUGCCUGUUCCUGUUCCCCUAGCCGAGGGGGUUGUCGAGGAAGUAGCCGGCAGCAGCGAGCCCAUAAUACCACCUCCGCACGCGGUAUUGAUACACUGUGUCUGUGGAGUAUCGCGUUCGUCGACGAUAAUCGCCGCAUAUCUCAUGCGCAAACUACAAAUGGAGCGGGACGCUGUACUUCAAUUUGUGAAAUCAAGGAAAGGUCACAUCCGCCCAAACUCGGGAUUUUUCUCGCAGCUGAAGCUCUGGCAUGAAUCUAAAUAUACAGGUUGGGAAAAUAAAGAGUCCCCCUUUAGGGUUUUUGAGGGUGAUGCCGUCCCUAGCCGCCUAGGCAUCGGCUUGGAACCAUAUGGAAUGUUGGAAAUAGGAAGUGGGGUUGGAAUUUGUUUCCAAAGGCCAAAAUCAUCCCCUAGGGAGCAAAGUUGA